GUUGGUUGCAUAAUGGCGUGAGGAGACAUGAGUGGCGCCAUGCUGCCUCGUCUUACACGCUUCUUAAAUCUUGUUCACUCGCUCGUUUACCCGUUCUCCCCGUGACCUAAGCCAGUGAACCAUUUGUAUACUAGGUACGCGGUACAUGAUGUGCGACGGGAGGUGAUUCAGCCACGGCCAGCAGGUCCAACGGAGAUCCACAUCAUAGUGGCAAGAUCGGAGAGUUGCAGGUGGUCGCCGAGUGUCCUCAAGCUGUCACUGCCGCUCUUCCUGUUCCUGGAGGGGAGGGUGUCUGAGAAGCUGCGGGCAUGUUGCUUCCUUCCUGCUGUGUUCCUCCACGAGACAUUGCUGCUAAUGCCCUCUGAAAUGGUUGAACAAGCGGAAAAUGUUGACAUUGAUUCUCUGUGGCAUCAAGUGCAUGGCAGUGAGUUGCCAGCUACACGCAGGGUCAUACGACUCAUACCUCGCGGGCCGCGCUAGUGAGCCCAGUCCCAAGGCAAACACCGUCCAGGUGGUGUAAGAUCGCUCUCUGCCGUCACCAAGGUGUAUACAUGUGACUGUUUCACUCUUGACAGUGUGUGCAGCUCGUCCAAACUCACUGUACCAAAACACAAACCCGCUUGUCUCAUGUGUCUGUGCUGCUGCUGGACAAGGCUGUGUUUGGCUGCUACCGGGAUCAGAAAGGAGCUACAAGCACCCCCCAUCCCCAUCACUGCAGCAGUUCCGGUGUCCACAAGACACUUUGCACACCACACCUGAUGCAAUAACACCUGCUGGUGACGUGUGUUGGUGAUAGGAGAGCUGCCUUCAAUAGCGGCGCAAGGUUGUCGUAGAAUCGUCUUAGGAAGAUCGCCGUGGUAGCAGGGAAAGGGAAAGGGAGAGGGGCAGUAACACAGAGCAGGAAUUAUCCGAGGAAUGGCACUAGCUGAGGGCGUCACCACCACCACCGUGAUGGACCACUGUCGCAGCAAACCCGCACACCUCCACCUCAAGUCCAUGCACCGUCCCCGCACCACCAGCUCCAUGUGGGGAUUAAAAUUUGAUCCCUUCCAAGUUUUCGAAGUGCAACAUGAAGCAUGUGACGACCUACAGAUCACAAUCAAGAGAGGGGAGAGUAUCACUAAAGGCAGCACAUUCCAGGACCUCAUGGACACACCUGAUCCAUAUGUGGUACUGAGGAUUCCAGGCAGCUCAAACUCUUGCAAACGCACCAGUCAUGUGGACAACUGCACCAAUCCAAUAUGGGAUGAGUCCUUCCACUUCUUCCUCGACCCAUCCAAGGAAUACACACUCCAUGUGAUCCUGAUGGAUGCUAACUACACCAUGGAUGAGACACUUGGGGAGCAAACUUUCACUCUUGACCUGCUGACCCUCGACACUCCACGAGACGUCAUCUUUGACUUCCCCAAUGGCUCCAAGGUUCACACUGUCCUCACCCUGCAGAAGAACAAAAACCCAGACUUGAGGUUUUCCCUUGCGCUGUGUAAGGAGGAGAAAAACUUCCUGCAGAUUCGUCGCCGCAAAGUUCUGGCAGCCAUGAAGAAACUACUGGGCCACAAAGCACCAGAGAAUGAGAAGCAGGUUCCCAUCAUUGGAGUGCUGGGGUCUGGUGGGGGCUUCAGGGCCAUGACGUGCCUGAGUGGUGCUGUCAAGGCCCUUCAGGAGACCGGCAUCCUGGACUGUGCCACCUAUAUUACGGGUCUCUCUGGCUCAUCCUGGUACAUCUCAACACUAUUUGCCCAUGAGAACUUCCCCAACAUCACACACUCCCAGGUGCAGAAGGAGCUGAGGGAUUCUGUCACUAAGGACUGGAAGUGGAAGCUGCUCAACUCCCCGGCCUAUGUCACUAGUAUGGUGGCCAAGUACAAGCAGGGCCAGCCAGUCUCCUUCACUGACUUCUUUGGCCAUCUACUGGGAGACGUGCUGCUCAAAGAGAAUAAGAACAAGAAGCUGACAGAGACUCAGCCAAUCCUGCGGAAGGGAAUCAUACCAAUGCCACUGUACACUUGUCUCCAUGCCAAAAAGAAAGUCUCCUGCAGGUCAUUCUCGGAGUGGGUAGAAUUCUCUCCAUUUGAAAUUGGCAUUGCAAAGUAUGGCACCUUCAUGAAAACCCAAGAUUUUGGAUGCAAGUUUAUUGUUGGCAAGAAAAUUAAACAUUUUGAUGAAUUUCCUCUUCACUUUUUGCAAGGUGUGUGGGGGAGUGCCUUCACCAUUCUCAUUAAGAGGCUGGUGAUGGAGGGAGGAAAGAAGGACAUCGUGCAGAUCAUGAGAGAUGCACAAAAUGAGGAAAACAUGGAAAAUGGAAAUGUGAAGGACACGCACAGUUCGGCCGAGAGUUCUGACUCUGAGGACGAAGAAUACAUUGAGGGUCAUGACGACAAGGAGUCAGAGGAGGAGGAGGUGGAGGAGCACAAGAGUAGCCCAGCACAGCCCCUUGCAGAGAAUGGCCUGCAGUACUCCAUCCCUGAGGAGGACCAGCAAACUCAACCCAAGAGGAAGACUUCAGAAAUCACCAAGGGCAGAUCUCUUGAUCAGAUGGAUGUGGAUAAUAAGAAAAUGACUUCAUCCAAAUCGUUUGACAGCCUCUCCAGCGAAAAGGAAGGCAAGGUGAAUGGCAGAGACAAAGGAGACAUCAGACCAAAGAUGAAGAAAACCUCAGCAUUCAGUUUUGACCUUCAGAACAAGAAAGCCUCAAAGGACAUCAGGAAGUUCAGCACCGAGAGUGACCCUGGUGUGAGCACGGAGUACCAGAAAGCACAGCACCCACGGCUGCAGCGGCAGGGCGCCAUGAAGGGCUCCCGGAUGAACAAGGAGGAGGCCUCCCGACCCACCUCCCCAAGCCAGGACAAGUGGGCCACGAGGAGGAAAACUCUGCGGCGGUCCCGAGUAGAGAAGAAGGCAGGACUGUGGGACGGCCUCAAGCAGAGCAUCAUGACGGGCACCAACAUCCUGAACUCCCGUGCCGGCCGGGCUGGCGAGGUGCUCAACCCCUUCCGUGGGCUGUCCCUGAGGCACUCCUUCCCCAUCUCCCCAUUUGCCACGGAUGUCAUGGGGAACGACGAGGACCAGGAGGAUGCCGUGGACUCAGACACGGGCUUUGGGGCCAGCUGUCGCUACAAGCCGCUGGACAACAAGGCAAAGAAACUGUUCAUUGUGGACUCUGGCUUGGCUUUCAACUCACCCUAUCCACUCCUCCUGCGACCCCAGCGAGCCGUGGACAUCUACCUUUCUUUUGACUUCUCCCAGCGGCCCACAGACAGCUCUCAGCCCUUCAAAGAACUUCUUCUGGCAGAAAAAUGGGCCACACAGAACAAAGUCCCCUUCCCACCUAUACAGAACCAGGUGGCACAGUAUGAGGGUCAGGAAGUGAGGGAGUGUUAUGUCUUCAAGCACCCGACAGACCCAUUCUGCCCUGUCAUCCUCCACUUCCCUCUGGUUAAUAACAAGUUCAGGGAAUUCAGUGCGCCAGGUGUUCCCAGAGAAACUGAGGAAGAGAAGAAGUUUGGUGACUUCCCCAUCUUUGAUGAUCCCUCCAAUGCAUUCUCCUCAAUGAAUUUUGCAUAUGAAGCCAUCCAGUUUGACCGCCUCACUAAGCUGAUAGAAUUUAACACGUUACUUUGUGUGGACACCAUCAAGAAGGAGCUUGAGGAAGUUGUGGAGAAGAAGAAGCAGUACAUCCCUAAGCUGACCUUCAAGGACGUAGUUAACACCAUGAAAAGAAUGUCCAGCUUCAGCCCAGGAGACAGAGGCAACAAUGACCUCACGCUGAAGGUGUCGCUGGAGAAUGAGGAGGAGCUCAAGAGGAGGACACGGUACGCCUCCGUGCCAAACGAGGACUCAAGUGACGACAGUGAAGACGACUACAUAGAUGCGCUAGACAAGAUUCCUGAUGAAACAACAACAUUGUGAGGUCCGGUGGAGGCAGGUGCCACACACCCCAUCAUUGCAUAAACUAUAUUCAUUGUAAGUGAUCAUACCAUCAUCAUACAUCACAUUUCCAUUAUUUUAUCACAUCACUAGAGAUAGUUGUCAGUCACAGCUUAGUGUUAGCCCGGUGAUGCAUGCAGUCCUUACUAGAUGACCAGAAAAGAUUAAGUUAUUCAUAACAUAGUCAAGUGGAGGACAGUACAUUGACAUGGCCUGUAUCCAGUAUUAGUAGUAUAGCCCGGAGAUAUGGUUACCAAUAAUUUAUAUUACUGUGGGAAAGAGGGUGCUUAUAUGUCAGAAUUUUUGUGUGAUUCUGUGAAGCCUGGUGGAUGUGAAUAAUGUGAUGAGGCAGGAAGGCUGGAGGCUGAUAGAUACCUGGCCUUUCCUGGCUGUCAAGUUAUGUCCUGCUGGGCCGCUGGGUGGUCCAUGUUUGCUGAGCUAAUGUGAUGCAAGAGAGUGACAGCUCUUUCAAUACUUUAGGUGCUUUAUACUGGAUCAUGGAAGAGAAAACUACUUCUUUUGUACAUUUAUAUAUUAUGGGAGAUGUUAUAGUGCUCAGGAGAGAUUCAACAAAAUAAAAGUUAAUGACAUGAG